CAGAGCAGAACGUGUGCGACAUUUCCCCAGCUUGCGAACAAGAGAGGAAAAUAGAACGCACAUUCCGGGGGCGUGGCCAGAACGAGGGGUGCCAGGAGCUGUCCACGUGGCGGCUGUACAUACACAAGUGUCUGGAGUUGGAGGAGGCUGCAGAUUGAUGACUUUGCUGCUGAUUAAUCCCACUGCAUAUUAAAUAGCUGUAACUCUCUGUUACUUGAACAUCCAAUGGAAAAGUCCCUAAAUGAUCUAGAAGGCAGUACCACAGGGGAGUCCCAGCUUGGUCUGCUUCCUGCUGAGUCAACAGCCCGCCCCGCAUGGGGCAGUAAAGUGCAAUAUAUUCUCGCGCAGGUUGGCUUCUCUGUUGGUCUUGGGAACGUAUGGCGAUUUCCUUACCUGUGUCACCAGAAUGGAGGAGGGUCCUUUCUCUUACUGUACGCCCUACUGCUCCUCAUCAUCGGAAUCCCUCUCUUCUUCCUGGAACUGGCAGCGGGGCAGAGUAUUCGCCAAGGCAGCAUCGGGGUAUGGAAGCACAUCAGCCCACGCCUUGCUGGCAUUGGCUUUGCUAGCUGUGUGGUGUGUGGCUUUGUAGCCCUGUACUACAAUGUUAUCAUUGGCUGGAGCCUUUUUUACUUGUUCAAUUCUUUCCACUACCCGUUGCCCUGGACGAACUGCCCGACGUUGCACAACCAGACGCAAGAAGUUGCAGAAUGCGCCAAAAGUACACCCACCACUUACUUCUGGUACCGCUCAGCCCUGAACGUCACAAACACUAUAGAAGGUUCUCAGAUGAACUGGCCCAUGACUGGAUGUCUGUGCCUCGCCUGGUUCCUUGUCUGUGGAGGAAUGAUUAAAGGGAUUAAGUCAUCAGGAAAGGUGAUGUAUUUCAGCUCUGUGUUCCCUUAUGUGGUCCUAUUUUGUUUCCUGAUCCGUGGUCUGUUGCUGGAAGGGGCUGCAGAUGGAAUCCGUAUCAUGUUUACUCCAAAGCUAGAGAUCUGGGGGAACAUACAAGUUUGGAGACAAGCUGCUACCCAGGUGUUCUUUGCUCUGGGCCUUGGAUUUGGAAGUGUGAUUGCCUACUCCAGCUACAAUGACCGCCACAACAACUGCCACUUUGAUGCCAUUUUAGUGUCAUUCAUUAACUUCAUGACCUCAGUUCUGGCCACUCUGGUGGUAUUUGCCGUCCUCGGAUUUCGUGCCAAUGUCCUUACAGAGAAAUGUGUUGAAACAAACAUGGAGAAGAUUAUUGACCUGUUAAGAAAUGGAAGCCUCCAUGAAGAUGUAGUGCCAAUGAAAAACCUGACAAAUCCUGAAUACAGCCAGUGGUAUAAAAGAACAAGUGACAUGUUGGAUUUACAGCAGUAUGGCAUCUCAGACUGCAAAGUGGAAGAUGUAAUGAAUGAGGGUGUAGAAGGCACUGGUUUGGCUUUUAUUGCUUUCACUGAAGCCAUGACUCACUUUCCUGCCUCCCCGUUUUGGUCAAUAUUAUUUUUUCUCAUGCUUCUCAACCUGGGACUUAGCACUAUGUUCGGGAACAUGCAGGGAAUCAUCACCCCUUUGCUUGACAACUUUCCCUAUUUGCGCAAGAAAAAGACAAUAUUCACAGUCCUCUGCUGCAUUAUUGGCCUGUUGACUGGACUGAUAUUUGUGCAACGAUCUGGAAGCUACUUUGUAUCCAUGUUUGAUGACUACUCAGCCACCUUGCCUCUUAUCAUAGUUGUGAUAUUUGAGAACAUAGCCGUGGCUUGGGUGUAUGGUGCAGAAAGGUUCAUGGAGGACAUAAGAGGGAUGCUGGGCCAUCGUCCUUAUAGAAUAUACAAAUAUAUGUGGCAGUACAUCAGCAUCCUGGGUAUGAUCGCACUACUGCUUGCCAGUUUGAUCAGAAUGUGCAUCGAUUACCCCAAGUACCAGUCUUGGAAUCAACAGCAGGCCAAGGAAGAGAUGCUGCAAUAUCCAUCCUGGGCUCUUGGUAUGCUCACCAGCCUGAUCAUUGUGGCCUCCCUACCCAUCCCCAUAAUGUUUCUGAAGCAUACCAUACAAGACUGGAUACUGAAAGGGAAAUCCAAGACCUAUGGUGAUUGUGACUACACCCAGGGAAAUAUGGUGGAUGACAUGAUUGGGCCAAUGGAAGAGAGUCCUGUAGACCUGGGCCAUGUGGGAAAUGGUUACCUGCCAGUGGAAAUGGAAGACUUUGCAGAAAGGGGCAAACUUCUUACAACUGAAGAAAACUUGGAUGACGCAGAAGAAGACAGUGCAAAUGCAAAUGGCUAAGUCUAGCACAACUGAGCAAUGGGGGACAUUCGGGGCCUUGGAAAUGCCUUGUUACGUGAACAAAGAAGCUCCUACAAACCAUCCAUAGACUGUGCAUGACUGCCCACAAGGCUUCUCUAGAAUAAAUCAGUGAUUCCUUAAAAUAAGGUAGAACAACUCUGAUCUGGGGGAACAUUUUGGACUUUGGAAAUGAUGUGGGUUGUCACGUGAUCAAAGAAGCGCCUACAAACCAUCCACAGACUGUGCAUGACUGCCCACAAUGCUUCUCUAGAAUAAAUCAGUGAUUCCUUCAAAGAAGGCUUCAUGCUGCGUGCUCUAGUAAUGAGAAUUAUUUUGCCCAUAUGGAGACAUCAGUAUUUUGACCCCCUACCUCUUCAUCUCCUUAGAUUCAAAGAAAAAGCCAGUGGUGCUUUUUUCAUAGAGGGAAUGGUACAAAUAUUUUCCAGAACAGCCAGGGUUUAUGAAGCAGACAUGAACUUUGAAACUAGAAAAUGAUUCCAGAACAGUCAGCACUUGGAAUACUCAGAAGAGGAAAUCUAGUAGUGUUGCACCUCUAGCACUUUGAUUGGUCAGUCACAGAAUGUUGAAAGAAUCCAGUUCAGUCUGUGCUGACAAUGUUUUUGGACCAUAGUUGGGGUUAUACUAAAUGUUAACGAUUGGAUCUCGUUAAUCUUGUCUCUACUGCUGGUAAUUUGAAAAAAAGGUCUUGUACCCAACUGGGUAAAUCUCUUUUUUGUGCCAUAGAUAUAUUUUACUAUAUUAUACUAAAAGGCGUGUAUGUUGGUCUUUCGUGGAAUUAUUUUUUUAAUGAACACUGGAAGAACCAAUUGUCUUCCAUCUCCAUU